UCUCUGGUCCCCCACCGUUGCAAGAGACAAAGGUCAGAAACAGCGGCUUAUAAAUAGGUUAAAAUUCAGGCUACGGACGCGUUCAGCUCUCAGACAAAGGGGAAACGCAGACUAGAGGACACGCGCAAAGGGACCGCUCUCAAAGGACAAUAAAGGACAAAAUAAUCAAGAAUCGCAUCAUCAGAGCAGAAUGGCUCAAAAAGAAAAACUGCACUGCCUGAAGGAUUUCCAUAAGGACACUCUGAAGCCUUCUCCAGGAAAGAGUCCUGGCACCAGGCCUGAAGACGAGGCAGAGGGCAAACACCCGCAACGAGAGAAGUGGGCCAGCAAGUUGGACUUUGUACUGUCUGUAGCUGGUGGCUUUGUUGGUUUAGGGAACGUCUGGCGUUUCCCUUACCUCUGCUACAAAAAUGGUGGAGGUGCAUUUCUCAUUCCCUACUUCAUUUUCCUGUUUGGCGGAGGUCUGCCAGUCUUCUUCUUGGAGGUUGCCCUUGGUCAGUUCACCUCCGAGGGUGGCAUCACCUGCUGGGAGAAGCUCUGCCCCAUUUUUACUGGUAUUGGUUAUGCCUCCAUCGUGAUUGUUUCCCUGCUCAACAUCUACUACAUCGUUAUCCUGGCCUGGGGCGUCUACUACCUGUUCCAGUGUUUUCAGCCAGAGCUUCCUUGGGCUAAGUGCAAUCAACCAUGGAACACUGACCGCUGCAUUGAGGACGUCUACCGUAAGAACAAAAGCCUUUGGCUGGCUUCCAACGCUACCAACUUCAUUUCCCCUGUCACCGAGUUUUGGGAACAUAAUGUUCUGGGUAUCAGCAAUGGAAUUGAGGAUGUGGGUCCAGUCAAAUGGGACUUGGCUCUGUGCUUACUGCUGGUCUGGGUCAUCUGCUUUUUCUGCAUUUGGAAGGGAGUCAAGUCAACUGGCAAGGUGGUCUACAUCACUGCCACAUUCCCAUUCAUAAUGCUCAUCGUGCUUUUGAUCCGUGGUGUGACACUACCUGGUGCUAUGGAGGGCAUCAAGUUCUACCUGUACCCUGAUCUCUCUCGGCUGAAGGACCCAGAGGUGUGGAUAGAUGCUGGCACCCAGAUCUUCUUUUCCUAUGCCAUCUGUUUGGGCGCUAUGACAUCCUUGGGGAGCUACAACAAGUACAAAUACAACUGCUACAGGGACUGUUUGCUGCUGGGAGCCCUCAACAGUGGUACCAGUUUUGUGUCUGGCUUCGCAAUAUUUUCCGUCCUGGGCUUCAUGGCACAAGAGCAAGGGGUGGACAUUGCUGAUGUGGCAGAGUCAGGUCCAGGUCUAGCUUUCAUUGCCUACCCCAAGGCUGUAACCAUGAUGCCUUUUCCUACAGUCUGGGCAAUUCUCUUCUUCAUUAUGCUGCUGCUGCUUGGCCUCGACAGUCAGUUUGUGGAGGUGGAAGGUCAGAUCACAUCACUGGUGGAUCUGUAUCCAUCCUUCCUAAGGAAGGGUUACCACAGAGAGGUUUUCAUCGCGAUCAUCUGCUGCAUCAGCUACCUGUUGGGACUCACUAUGGUUACCAAGGGUGGCAUGUAUGUGUUCCAGCUGUUCGACUACUAUGCAGCGAGCGGUGUGUGCCUUCUGUGGGUGGCAUUCUUUGAAUGUGUAGCUGUUGCCUGGGUUUAUGGCGUUGAUAAUUUCUAUGAUGCUCUGGAGGAGAUGAUUGGCUACAGACCAAAUUCAUGGAUGAAGUGGAGCUGGACUGUUAUCACUCCUUUACUGUGUGUGGGCUGCUUUAUUUUCUCUUUGGUCAAAUACAAGCCAUUGACGUACAACAAGGUCUACAAGUAUCCUGACUGGGCCAUUGGAAUAGGAUGGACUCUGGCUCUGGCUUCCAUGAUCUGCAUCCCCAUGGUGGUUGUCAUCAAGAUCAUUCAGUCUGAUGGACCCCUCAUCGAGAGGAUCAAGGCUGUGGCAGCCCCAGUGCGUGGUGGGGCCAGCUCCCGUCCCGCAGACCACCGCCCCAUGGAUCUCACUUUCCCAUUGGAUCCCAACGGGAACAAGGGCCUGCUGAUGAAGGCGCCCAGCCACACCAUUGUAGAAACGAUGAUGUAAACAAAGAGGAGGAGGUUCUCCAUGAGAUCCCUCUCCUCUCCUGCUUUCUUAAAUGCUUCUCCAGUUAGCUCGCUUUCUGUCUGUCUCUCUGUCUGGUGGACUGAUAAGGGUUUAGAAGGAAACAAUGUGAAAAUGUGAAGAACGUCAGAGGUAGUUAGCUUCUAGAGGGUAGCAAUCACAUUUCAAAUCUAUUUCAAAAGUAAACCAGAGGCCUCUUCAAAUAUGUGAUCCAUAUUUACAUGUUCGUGUGACUUCACUUGCCCCGUCAUUGUCUACUUUAAAGACACAGUGACAGCUCAGCACCAGCUCCUGGUCUCAGGACCAUGAUCUCUGCUUGGACUACCAGCUACUUUUGUACACCAUGAAAAAGAAAAGUAGUUUUUAAGUCUUGGAAUCAAACUUCUUUUUGUAGCCAGAAUAUAAGAAAUGUUUCUGAAACUUUGUUGAUGACCAAAUUUUUCAAUUGUUAAAGUUCUGCACUUAUCCAGGGGUGUAUGUGCUGUUGGGUUCUGCCUUGUUUCACCCUGCUGUGAGGAAGUUAUCUCACUAUUGAAGUUUGUGUUUGUUUGUUUUUUUUGUUAAGUUUUCUAAUCCACUGAUAUGUAUCAAAUUAGACCGACUGAAUUGUCUCUCUUUCCGAUAUCAGCAAAGAAUCAAAACAAUAAAACUAAAGAGUGACAAUCCAAAGAUGCGGCCGCCAAAGUUACACUCUCUUCUAUUUUUAAUGGUACUCUUUCCUCCGUAGUUUAAAACCAGCUGGAUUGGUUUGAAUAACAAUCUGACAAGUUCAUAACUCCUUGGAAUCAGUGAUUCACAAACGGCCUGGUGUGUUGUAUUAGAUCAUUUUGUUAGCUUUGAAACGAGAGACCAGUAGUCCUUAUUAGCACCUUAGCACAGUAUCCUCAUCUAUCCUCAUCUAUAAGCUACGGGUCAAAGAGAAAUUGGUACGGAAACUGUAACGUGAGAACCUGCUCCUGCACAAAGACACAGGGAUUUCCUGAAAGGAUUUGAAGUGUGGAGGUUAUACCCUUGAGUGUGUUGUCUGUGGCGUGAUGUAAAGUAGUAGCUUAUCAGUCCUAUCUUAUCUUCUCUGUCCUAGACUGGUUUAUGCUACAUUAGUGACUGCGUUAGGCUCUCUUGGCUUACAGUUAUUUGAUGGGAUUCAUUUGUUUUGUUUAUGACACUGUUGUCGAAUUUUUUUUCAGUCAGUGUUUAGAUUUUAGGUAUUUAGAUUUAACCAAUAAUACUGUAGUUUUGCGUAGAGGAACCUGGUGAAAAUACCAAGCUGUUAAAGAAAUCAUACAUUGACAGUGGCAGCCAUCGUAGUGCAGUACUCGUCAUGACAUUCUACUGUGUUGGUCAUAAGGAUGAUCGUCUGUUAAUUUCCAGGUGGACAAAACCCCUUUCCCACUCUUCCCACUGUUUUAUCCCUGUGGUACAAGGCAAAUGUUGAGCAACCAAUCAAAUUCUAAAUUCUACAAUGGUGUGACCUGGUGGUUUGUAAUGGGACUUCACUCUUCUCUAAAUGCCUUCAGUACUUUAGUUGGUUAAACCCUGACAGGCAGGAGGCGCUGUAGGCAGUGGCCAAGCACCAUUCGACAAGCAUUUAAUUUUGAUGUGUCUCAGUGCCAACUGCUCGUCAACCCAGCAGACUACAGAAGGGAAGCUGGUGACUGACAGAAUUGGGCUUUUGUGAUCAGAAGAACUCUGGAGUGAAGUCUGGAGAAAGAAGAAAGUUGUUGUUUUUGAAACCAAAGUUAUUUUAUUCUGGUUAUAAUAUGGAAAGAUUGACAUGGCUGCCACUGAAUCCCAGUUCACCCAGACUCAUCAGUCCCUCAUACGGUUGCAGUGUCUCUAGAAUAACAUGUUUACUUGAAUGGGUCCAUGACACAAGAUUUGAACCAGUGACAGUAAAGAGCAGAUGAUUGACAGUUACAUCAGUGAAAAAAAAGAAAACAUGUAGGUUUGAAAAAUGUACUUCUUUUUCCAUAUCAGUGUGCGACCAACGAUCGACUGCUCUGGACCUCUUAGCGCUUAUCCGAUAAAUAUUUCAUUGAAAUAAAGCCGCAACAAAUGUACUGUGAGCCUUGACUCCACCAGCUGUGAAAAUGCUAUUUUAAUCUGAGGUGUGUGGUGAGGUGGUAUUGUAAGCCAGACGAGCCUCAAUUAAAGCAAAACGUUUUUCUGCACAGGGUGUGUAAAAAAAAUGCAAAAAUGCAACCGCAAUUGGGUGGGCAGUAGAAUUACUCGUUGGAAACAGGAUUUGGUUUUAAAAACGGAUUAUUCUCACAAGUGAACAAUUUACUUUUUGGCAGCUCUAACCAAUUGAGGACACAUUUUAUGUGUAUAUUAUAAUUCCUUUAUUAUGUAAUGGACGGCUCAACUUAACUCUAUACAGCCUGCUCUAUACACAACCCUGAGCCGUGCAGCAGUGACACAGUAUCAGACACAUCAGCUGGUGGUCUGUCAAAUUGGACUGUAAGCCUCGGCUUCAUUUCUGUGAAAUACAUUAAUCUUCUAACCAGAUAAAAAAGAGCUCAAAAAAUCAAGUGUGGUCUGUAAACUAUGGCCUUAUGAAACGUCCAUCUGAUUUAAGGUGAUCCUCUGUAGUCAAAAACCUGAAUCAUAUCAAAGUGAUUUCCGAAGCUUUUUGCCUUGAAUUGUGUCUGUUCUGACUGACUGAAACAGUCAGUUCACGUUGGACUCUUGCAGAAGUACCAUCGCUGACUUAUCAGUACUGAUUGUACGGUUUAUUUUUUUAUGUACAUUGAUGUCGCUCAUAUCACUUUAAUAUCAUUCAAUAAUAUCAAACGGGACACGUACUAAUCCUCACCAUGACUUUUAUAUAUGAAGUGUGUGUGCAACCAUCUCCACCUACUGUAUUUCAGAAACAGAGCUUCUUAUUAUAAACACUGUACAGACCUGGUUCUAGGUUCAGGCACAGAGUUCAGCACAAAGGUAAAGCUGCAAUCAUGUGACAUGAUUCACUUCUACUAGCCCCCCACCAAUCCCACCCCGCCCCUCCGACACCCAACGCAAACUAUGUGACACUAUCGGCACAGUGUCACAUAUGGCGACGCCAUGGAAUGAAAACAAAAUCAGUCUCAUAUUUUUACUGCCGAUAGAAAACAUUACCUUUUGUGCUCAGAUCGGACUGGACCAGAACCAUGAAUCAUCAAUACUAACCCACAUGUUACUGGUUUAACCUCCUUCACCUGUGUGUUUAUUUGCAGUGUGUUCCUCACUAACCUAAACUAACCAUUUGUUUUAUUAGAGAUGCUGAAGUUGCUGUAGUUUAAAAGCAUUUACUGAUUCACGUGUUUUUACAGCAGAAGGUUGAACAGAAAUGUGAACGUCACUUGUCACAAGUGUAAAGGUUUCUGAAAUUUUUUUUUUAUUUUUUAUUGUUGGAGGGUCAAAACAUUAUUUUCAUUUUCUGUUAAAUUUGUUUCCUUUAAUCCUGUUAGUUUCUUCUUGAUUCUUUCAUUUAGCAUUUUUUUUCAGUCCAAAUACAUUGACUUUUCUUCUUUUAUUGGACGGACAUACAUCGAGUUAUAAUCAAAAGCUAAGAUUAAUGUGCAAUACUCUACAAUAUUUUUUUUUACUUGUAUUCCUCAUUAAUUUUUUAAAGCGGUGGUGUUCACUGCUAGUCAAGGCCUGUAAAUUCUUGAAGACAAAAGUUUGUAAUGGUUUUUUUAAGGGUCCAUUAAAAAUGCAAUGAGAAAAGAUUUUUUUUAACUAAAUACUACAUAGUGAAGGUGAGGAGUACGACCUCAGUAACACUGCCACUGACUCUACUUGAUGGAUUAUUCCAACACUGCCAUACUGUCUGAAAAUCAGACAACUUUCCAAAACUUUAAUUUGUUACAAAUCUCUGCCCAAAUCUGACAUUAAUUUUUAAGGCUUUAUUUUGGCAAAAUAUUCAAAUGUAUUUUCCACUGUGAAGGAUUCAGUCAGGAAAAAAUAAUAUCUGAAUGAUGUAAAUUGUUAAAGAAAAAAAAGAAAAUACAUUUGGUUAUACCAAAUUAUAUUCAAAUAUUGUGUAAAUGAUGUGUUGAUGAAUGUGACACUUUGAAUAGAAGUGUUUCUGGAUUCAGUGUUUGUUGACAAAUUGGAAUCUGUGUUCUGACAAACAUUUGGAGAAUGACUGAAACCUUUGACAGAUUAAUACGUUGGAAAACCGCAUUUUUGAGUUUUUUGUCAAGCAUAAAAAAAUGAAAAAAAUGCACAGGGCAUUAGAGAUUGAGCUUACAACCUUUAUCUAACCUUUUCUCUAAUCACAUUUGUAUAAAGUUUUAUUUUGAAACAACAUAUACAGCCUAUAUAUAUCUACAAGGGAACAUAUAUAAAUUACCUGCCGCCUGCAGUACCUUCAUUCUAAAUGUAGCUCCACGUGACCACAGAAAGGUGGAGCAACAGUAACUUUGGGCACAGCUGAAUAUCUGUGGGGAAAAGAAAGUAGAUAAUUUAGUAUUUCUGUACUAUUCCAGGACAGUGUUAUCACUGAGGGGAUAUCAACCUUAUUUGCUUUUGAGUUUGUCUGAGGUUUUUACCAGUAAUGACAGUUUGUAAAAUUCUGUUUUCCAAUGUUGUCAAUCUUUGUGCUAAAAAUAAGACACUGCUCAUUGUCUCCAUCCUCAGCUUCGUCCAACGACUUCACCUCCGUCUGAGCUCCAUUGUACUGAAAACCAGCCCUUCCUUUUUCGAGAAUGUACACGGGGAAAUCUUUUUUAAUUCUCGGGGUGUGGGAUUGAAAAAAA